UCUGGCAGUUUCAGCCAUCUGUUUGAGGCAGGAACCGGUGUGAACGCACCUGCAGAUGCCUUUGGUCAGUCUCCAGCUCACUUGGCUGCUUGCGCCGGCGAAGCUUUUUUCCUGCUUUGGCAACUGCAGACAGGAGCGAAUUUGAAUCAACAGGAUUGCCUUGGAGAAGCCCCGAUUCAUAAAGCAGCAAAAGUUGGGAGUUUGGAAUGUUUGGCUCUCCUUGUUGCUGGCGAUGCCAAAAUUGACUUGUGCAACAACAGUGGACAAACAGCAGCAGACCUCGCACUGGCUUACGGCUUUCUGGAAUGUGCCAAGUUCCUCACAACAAUUCAGCAAACUCAGACAAUGAAACUGAGAGGACAGUCUGGCUACUCGCUGAGUGACAGACAUGGCUUGCUGAGAGAGGAUCCCACUGCACAGAAACAAGAAAGUGAAACCAGCAGAUCCAUAAACAGGAAGAGGAGAAGAUCAGAUGGUGUGUAA